CGAUCAAGAUUCUCAAUUCAGGGUAAGCUAGAUACUUCAAUUCGAUUUAUUUUCUUUGAGUAUUGCUUGCUAUUCCACAUAAUCUAGCUCGAUGAAAACUGACUUCAUAUGAAAUUUGACAGAGGGAGCAUGGCAGCAGCUAGAGUUGUCCCCAGUGCAAAUACUAUUCUUGAAGUUCUGAACCUAUACAACUAUGAAGAUUGGAGUCGUCGGGUCAGAAUCUACUUAAAGGCUGAGGGUCUUUGGGAGGUUGUCAAGGCCACGGCUGAAACUCCCAAUAAGGAAGACACUGAUGAAUAUAGGGGUUGGAAGAAGAAGAACGCCAAGGCUCAUCAUGCAAUCCAAAACUCCUGUGGAACUGAUGUAUUUGGUUUCAUCCGUGACAGUAGGACAGCCAAGGAUGCGUGGGCUACAUUGGCAAAAAUGUUCAAACCAGUUCCAGCAUCUAAUAAUACAGACGAGGGAUCUGAUGGACUACAGCUGAAAGACUUGGAGAUAAAAGAAGUAACUGAAGUGGAAGUUAAAGUGGAUGGGCAGAGGAACAUAUAUGAACCUUUCUUCAAAUGCUUGGAGGAUGGUUAUUCUUCGACGUCUGGAUUUUCUCGUGAGGAGGACGUGCUCGAAUUUCUUAAACAACAUCCCGAGACGGUAAGAGAAAGACAUCCAUCGUCCGGCAUGCCAGCUCUUCACUUGUCACUCUCAAGGAGUGAAAAUGAAGAGAUAGCAAAAAGGAUGGUGCAGUUGAUGACAGCUGAUGAAUUGGAAAUACUGGAUCCUUCUGGUCGUACAGCUCUUUCUUAUGGUGUAGACGCGAGAUACAAUGAAAUAUCGGUUGCAGUAGCUAAAUGCAUGGUUGAAAAGAAUGAGAGAUUACUAAGUAUUGUGGAUCCUUCUACCAAUAUGAUUCCACUUGUUCGGGCUCAUCAAGUUGGUGCUAGAAGAGACGUGCGUGUGCGUGCCUAUUUGUUUUCUGUCACUCCACUCGACACUAUGUGCGUUCAUCAAGCGGCCCAACUGAUUUCUCUUUGUUUAAAACAAGGAAAUUUGGAAAUUCCUAUGCAUUUGCUUAAUCGCUACCCGAGCUUGGGAAUCACAGAGGACUUGAGCGGGCAAUCUCCGCUGUAUACAUUAGCUGGAUGUGAUUUUAUUACUGCAGAGAAGUUCAUAGAGACGUUCACAUUCAGGGAAAGAAUAAUUUAUGACCACGUAAGUAACGUACCACCAAUUAAUGCUCCUGGUGUUGAGGAUAAUCGUUCUGGUUUUGAAGACCAAGGUAUGAGUAGUUUAUUGAGACUAGCAGUCAAUCCCUUCGGUAUAUGUGGAAACGACGACGAUUGGAUUCGUGAACAGAAAAUCUUACAUGUCCAAUCCCUUACUCUUCUAGAUCGCAUAUGCGACGCCAUAAGAAAUAAAAAUGUUGCAGAAAUGCAAGAAAAUAACGCCUUGAGAAAAGCAAUUUUUCGAGCAGCAGAAACGGAAAAUGUUGAAUUUCUUAGGCGUAUGUUUAAAGCAAAUGAAAGGAUUGCAGAAAUUACUAAUGGAAAAGACAGGACCGUGUUACAAUAUGCAGCUGAUUAUCGUCUAGAAAAAGUUUAUAACCUUAUACAUGAGUUGGAUUUCUGGAACGCAAUAGACAUAUGCAAAAGGAAAGACAAAUUUGACAACAAUAUGCUACAUAUAGUGGGAAGUUUUCCCUCACACGCCCAAGCUGGAAUUGGUCAUAUUCGAGGUGCAGCACUGCAAAUGCAGAGAGAGGUUCAAUGGUACACGGAGGUGUUUGUGCUUACGCCAUGGCAAGGUAAAGAGAUAAAUAAAACGGACCAACUGCAACCAUCUGAAGUGUUUGCCAAGUAUCAUAAAGACUUGAUGAAAGAGGGAGAGAAUUCUAUGAAAGAAACUGCAACUUCUUGUACUGUCGUGGGUGCUCUGAUUGUGACCAUGAUGUUUGCAGCCGCAUUCACAAUUCCUGGAGGCAACAAUGGAGAUACAGGUUUUCCCAUAUUUUCAAAUGAAAAGGCCUUUAUGAUUUUUAUGGUUUCUGAUGCUAUAUCACUCUUUUCUUCCACGACUUCAGUCAUGAUAUUUUUAGGAAUCCUUACAUCACGCUACAAAAUGACUGAUUUCGUCAAAUCAUUGCCUUCAAAAAUGAUAGCAGGUCUUUUUACACUUUUUCUCUCCGUUGCUACUAUGACGAUUGCUUUUUCUGCUGCCUUGUAUAUGAUGCUUGAUGGAAAACCAUGGAUUAUUGUUCCAGUUGUUUUACUUUCCAGUGUCCCAAUUGCAUCGUUUGUAUGGAUGCAAUUUCCAUUCUUUGUUGAGAUUUUCGUUUCUACUUACGGAAAAAGUAUAUUUGCUAAGGGUUUCAGAAAGAGAAUGAUAGUGUGAUUAUUAUUCGAAAUAUCUGGUUUUGUAAUGGGAAGACGUUUAUACGUGGUUGAAUGAUGGAUACAACAUUUUAUAUUGAGAAUAAACACUAGCCAGCACGUUACUACUCUAUCA